CAGGUCGGCACCACCACAAAGGACCAUAUCCAUCAGGAUGUUAACGACGCGAUCGCGAUGGGUCUCGAUGGCUUCGCCUUGAAUGUCCAAUGUCCGACCGAUGCGUUCGCCAAGGACUUAAUCCAAGAGAUGGGACGCUACAUCGAGGCGCAGAAGCUCCAAUUUGGGAUUUUCAUCAGUAUGGAUGUGUAUGCCUCGGGAGGGGCAUCGUGCGGCGGCGCAGGCGCAGGCGACUACGUUUCCCUGUGUCAAGAGGCGAUGGCGCUCGAGGCGUACUACCAGGUUGACGGCAAGUACCUGGUCAGUACGUUUACCUCAGGUGGGGGCACGUGGGCGACGUGGGAUCAGUUCAAGACCUCGUUGUCCGACCUGGGAUUCGAGGUGUAUUGGAUCCCAGAUCUCGACGACACGGAGGGCUACUGGGACAGUCAGGCGGGCUGGUGGAAUGCGUGGGGCAAUCUCACCGAUGGCCUCUUCAGUUGGGAAUCUACCUGGCCAAGUCUAGGGCAACAGGCUUCGAAACAGACUGGUGGUGUGGGAGGAGUAGCCCGUGAUCAAGUGGUGAUUGCUGCGGCUGCUAGACAGGGUGCAUCCUACAUGAUACCCUUGAGUCUGAUGCAGUAUAAGAACUCGUAUGGAACAAAUAUCUAUCGCCAAGGUGGAGAGAAUCUCAUGCAACGCCUGAGCGACAUUUUGAACAUCCAGAGUGACACGUUGCAGUUCGUUGAAUACAUUACUUGGAACGAUGGUCCCGAGGGACACUAUCUGGGAAAUCUAUGGCCCGAACAGAAUGGCGAUGCUGCGCUGAACAACUACGCCAAUAUGACGAUCUGGCCUCAUACAGGCCUGCAGCCUCUGAUCCACUCGUUUGCGACCGCUUUCAGGGCGUUUCAGGGCCCAUCUGAAAUGCGACCUCAGAAUGGGAAUGAGGCAGCUGGCGUUAUAUGGUACCAAACGCCCGCCUUCGAUAACACCUGUCCUUUUGAGGACAUCGAAGAGCUUACUACUACCUUCUGGAAAAAACCCGCAGGAUACGAGACAUUUUCCAAUACGACCCAGUGGGCGGUUGUGCUCAACGAGACGGUCGGAGGUUAUAAGCCAAGCGAAUUGGCGUUUUCAAUCACCUCUAGUGAUGGUGUUCGGGUGGUCGCCAGCAAUCUGACUGUCGGCCUAAAUUUCGCUCAAGGUCCGGAUGUGCAUGGCGGGAGCGAUGUUCUCAUGGUGCUAGCUCCUAUUUCCGGUGGCGACAUCCUUUACCAUGCCUCGGGAGGUAAAUGCCCUGAUUGCUUCUGCAGGGAUGGAUUCUACAACCUGAAC